AUGCCUGGGGCGGCAGCGGCGGCUUCGACGCCCGCAGCCGACGUCCCGAUCGACAGCAACAAGCACCGCAACAUCAAGAAGGACCAAGGCCUCGACGGUGGUUCAGGACAUCGGAGGGGCAGUGGAGACCGACAGCGACGACAGACCGAUCCAGAGCGAUGGGGCAAGCGGACCAUCGGCGAAUGGAUGACACUGGAUCGUCGGGACCUACGACUGGACUGGGACAGAGCGGAAGCUGACAACGAGAAAGACGAUCGCUACACGGGCAAGCCGUGCUACGGCGAGCACGACACGACACACCCGCUGGCGAGGCACGCCAACGGAUACAAGGUGAGCUACAAGUGCGUGAGAUGCGAGCUGGUCAUGCUGUACAUCCCGAAGCACGGGGCGACGGGCAGGUACAGGCAGAAGGGAGCUCUGGGACCGACCGUGGGAAAGAUCAAGAUCGAAGAAGUGACGAAGGAGAAAGUCACCAAGGAGAAGGCGACGUCGGAGAGAGAGAGCCGGACCAAGAUCGAGGAGGUAUCUUCGGAGGACUCAUUCGAGAAGGCCGGAGAAUCAGAGGAGGAGGAGACGCCGUACCCGAGCACCGAUCAGAUGAGCAAGGCCGACAUGAUGUUCGACCAGAUGCGCGACAGCACCAAGCGGAGGACGGACCCACCGACGCGCAGGAAGAAGAAGGAGUCUCCCCAGGCUGGGGAGCCCGUGGGGGACGACGACGUCAUCACGUUCGGGAUUGACGUCGAGUACCACAAGGAGGAGAUUAACCUGAAGGACUACAGCUGGGUGCUAGAGCAGGUGACAGAAGCUGGGAUGGCGACAGACCUCUACGUGAAACAGCUGAUCGAGUUCUGCACGGAGGAGGACAGCCAGCUCGGGAAGGUCGCGGAGGAACGCGAGGACGCCGAGAUCAUCAGGAUCACGCGGAAGGACGCGGAUCUCAGCACGAAGCAUGGACUGGAGUGGGCCAAGCACCUGGCGGUGAAAAACCCUGGAGCAGACAUCUGGGGAAGCCUACCGUGCACAGCCGUCAGCGCGCUUCACAACGGUUACAUCGGCAGACAGGAUGGCCAGUACUGGAAGAAGCUCGAAGCACGAAAGAAGAACCUCAAGAAGAUUGUGAAUCACUUCAUGGAAGUGAGCAGGGUUGUCAAGGACAAUGGCGGGGACGUACACUUCGAGUGGCCACGUAACUGCCAUGGCUGGAAGUACUUCCCGGAGCUGACAGAGUUCUUUGGUGAGCUGGGCAUGGAGAAGGUAAACUUCGACGGGUGCCAGGUCGGGGUGGUCAACACCAAGGGCGAGCCGAUAUACAAACCGUGGACGCUGUGGACCAGCAGGAAGAAGCUCGCAACGCUGAUGGGCAUGAUCGAGGAGCUGAGGCAGGAGGAAGCCCUGGCGAACGACAACAAGGAGAUGUUCGACCAUGAGAGGGAGCUAGAGCUGACAAGCGACGAGCAACAAAAAUGGAACGACUUGCUGGCGCUGAAGCAGAAUGACUUAAUGAAAGCAGCGAUGCGGCUGCAUCGGAAUACUGGACAUCGACCACAGAGGGUGAUGAUCAGGAUCAUGCGAAGACGUGGGGCUUCAGCGACGACAAUCGCAGCCGUGAAGCAGAUCAAGUGCAGCUCGUGCAUUGAGAAUCAGAUACCGAGACCGAGACCAGCAGCGGUACUCGAGCCAGCUCGAGAUCUAUGGCAGGUGGUCGGCAUUGACGUGAAGGAGAUCGUGGGCAACGACCAGAUCAAGCGGAAGCACCUUGUGAUCGUGGACGAGGCGAGUAAGCUGACGCUGGCGGUCAAGAUCUUCUCAAUACCCGCUCAGGAGUCGAGGAACUGCACCGCCAAGGAGCUGCUGGAUGCGUUCAGAAGACAUUGGUCAGAUCGGUAUGGCAUGCCAAGCGUACUGAGGCUCGAUCCGGAAGGAGCAUUCGUGUCACACGAGUUCUAUGACAGUAUUGCAGGUGAAGGAGUGCAGGUGGAUCCGUGUGCCACCCAGGCUCACUGGCAGAAUGGCAUCGCGGAGCGUGCAAUCAAGACGGUGUUUGAGUGCGCCAAGGCCAUGCAUCGUGAUCAUGAGACCGACCUGGAGGCAGCUGUACAUGCGGCGGUGGAGGCACACAACACGGUCGAGAGGGUCGAUGGAUACAGUCCGAGCCAAUGGGCCUUCGGACGAGACAAGAACUGGUCAGGGACUCUCAAGAAGGAGGACCACCUGGACGUCGUGAAGUGCACGAACCAGAGCUACAUGGAGAACCUGUCCAAGCGGGUGCUGGCAUCAAAGAUCAUUGGCUUCAGAUCCAAACCGGAGAAGACGACCAUGGAGAGGAUCACCGUGAUCAGGUAUGAGGACGGAUCCGAGGAGACGGUCAAGGACGACAACUGGAACGUGCAUGGGAAGUCUACGAGGUCAAUGGGACGACGCUGGACUGGCAGGACCUACCUGUUUCCCAUCACGGACAAGCCAGAGGAGAUGAAGGUAGACCAGAACGCCAAGGAGGUGAUCCAUGAGAAGGCGAAGAAGAUGGUCGUGGAGCAGGUACAGGAGACCCAUGGGGACAAUGAGAAAGACCAGCCGUCGAUGGAUGACAUCGAGAGCGAGAAGGAGCUACAGUGCCUUUUCAAUGACAAGAUCGCGGACGGUGACCAGGUGGACUGGGACAAGCUCGACUGGGAGAACUUCGACGUGGCGGCAUGGGCUGCUACGGAGAUCCAGGAGGACCUGGAGAUCCCGACGGGGAUCGACUACAUCAAGGUAGCGUUCGAAGCGUUCGACGCGAACAGCAUGAACAAGUUCACGAGGCAGCCGGAGCAGUACAUCACCAAGGCGAUCAAGAAAGGAAGGUCUGAGGCAAGCGUCAAGCACAUGACCGAUGAGCAGAAGAGUCUGAUGAAGGGGGCGUGCUGGAGAGGCUACCGCCACACAUCAAGCCGAAGUCGUCUGACGUCCUGA